UCACCUUGUCUCCAACACUGUCAGAUGUUCCUCCUCUGAAUAUCCCAUUGUACCUCCACUGCACCUAACUAAACACUACUCACCUUGUCUCCAACACUGUCAGAGUUUCCUCCUCUGAAUAUCCCAUUGUACCUCCACUGCACCUAACUAAACACUUUGGAUUGAAGUCAUCUGCUCCCCCCAAAUCCAUAAAAGCAUGGAAAAUAACCAGUCAGCCCAUGAGAGUGGUUCAAGUGACGACAGUAUGGAAUCACCACCUGAGAUGAGAUUGAAAAAAGUGAAAAAGGAAUUAAAGGAAAGUGUUGAAGUAUUCAGACACCUCCUUGAUGAAAGUUUGAUGGACCUUCAGGCAAAAGUGAAAGAGCUUCAUCAGAUAGCUGACAGCUAUGAGAAUUGGCACCGUGCCACUACUAGAGGUAGUCUGGUAGGGGGUAUUAUUGGGGCGACUGGAGGGAUCACUACUUUAGUAGGCCUUGCCCUGGCUCCAUUCACUUUGGGCACCUCCAUGGUUGUUGCCGGGGUGGGUAUGGGGAUAGGUGUAACUGGUGGGAUUACUGGCGCUGCUUCUAACAUCACCAGUAUAGUGAGUCAACGAAGUGACCGACAGAACAUUCAGAACAUUCAGAAACAUUUUCUGGAAAAAGUCAAACCAAUUGAGGAAAGCUGGAGGAAAAUCAACUGGAAAUGUGAAGAAUUAAUUGCAAUGGUCAAUGAUACAGUUGUGACAGGGAUUGGAUUGUAUAAAAUAGCAGCUAAUCUGAGUUGUUUAGAUGACUUUGUCUCUUUUGCUAAAUUUGCAAAUAUUUCCAAACUAAGUCCCUCAUCUGCUAAAUAUCUCCGUUCAGCAGCAGCAUUGACAGGGGUGCUCUCUGGCCUACUCCUAGUUAUUGACAUAAUCUCUAUUGUCAUAGACUUCAAGGAACUUGAUGCAAUGGAAAAUGGAAACCAAAUUCAGUCAGACACAGUGAGGUUUAUUCAGAGAAUCAGGGACAUGGCUGAACAGUAUGAGCAGACUCUAAACAUGUUUACAACGGCAAAGAAAGAAAUUCUUAGAAACAAAUUUGAUUAACCUUUACAGCCCCGGCAUUCCGCUUGCGGAACUCCUCCCACAUUCCACUGAAAAGGCAGAGCGCGAAAUUCAAAAAAUAUUUAUUAGAAAUAUUUAAC